CCUGAACCUCUUCCGGUUUCUUCGGCAGUGGGCGUCGUUUGCCCACCAGCUAGGUGGUAUCUGCUGAAGACUGUGAGGGUAGAGACGGCGGCGGGCGGGAGGCUUCGUAAUGCCCCGUUAUUACGAGGACAAGCCAGAGGGCGGCGCGUGCGCGGGUUUGAAGGAGGACUUGGGGGCAUGUCUGCUGCAGUCGGACUGUGUGCUCCAGGAAGGAAAAUCCCCUCGGGAGUGCUUGAAGGAAGGAUACUGCAAAGCUCUGAAAUACUCAUUUUUUGAGUGUAAAAGAUCAAUGUUGGAUGCCAGAUCAAGAUUCAGAGGAAGAAAAGGAUAUUGAUACCGUUUUGCUGAGGGCAAGAUGAAAACCAACAAAGGAUUUCCUCUGGUCAUUAACAUAGAAAAGCUAAUACUUUUUGCUCUGUUUGGUUGGGCCCAUUUUCCCUAUACAACAGUGGAAAAAACAGAUGAAUUGGUUUUUUAAUCUGUAUAAGGGAAAUGUAGCUCCUACUUUAUUUUUAGAAGAUCAUUUUAGUUGAACAGUUUUGAGGACUGUCCUAAAGCACAAAGAAUGGGAAGGUUAUUUUCAAACUUGACCCUUUAAUCAAAAUUACACAGAUUUGAUGCCACUGAUGUGACUGACAGUAAUAUGAAGCCUGUGCAGAUGAGGUUUAUUGGAAAAGUUUAGGAUAAAACUUUUACUCAGUUUGUCCUGCUUGGUUCUAAAUAAAUUGUUUGAGUCCUUGGAAAAGAUGC